AUGGCCAACGGUAACGAACAUAAUGUAUACUUUGGUCCGGAUGCGCUCAAGAAGUACUUUGACCCCGACUCCCAGCCUCCUUUGCCGCUGGUGGAGCUGCCCCAGCGAUUGAAUCCAUACCACCAGGACGGCGUACGGAUCUAUGCCAAAAUGAUGACCAUGCACCCGGCAAACAAUGUGAAAGCCAUGCCAGCGAUGAACAUGCUUGAGUCCGCUGUGGUGCCAGGCAGGACGAAGACGAUUGUCGAAUACAGCUCGGGAUCCACCGUGAUCUCAAUGUCUAUGAUCGCUCGUGUGAUGCACGGCAUUAGCGACACGCGAGCCUUCUUGAGUAACAAGACCAGCGAGGCCAAGCUACGGUUGAUGCAAUUUUUUGGCCUUCACAUCACGCUGUUCGGUGGCCCGUCUCAACCGGAACCAUAUGAUGAGCGCGGAGGUAUCCAAAAUGCCCGCGUAAUGGCCACACGGUCCAAUGAUAUUGUCAACCCCAACCAGUAUGAGAACGAUGACAACUGGCAUGCACACAUCCGGUGGACCGGCCCCCAGAUACUCAAGCAGCUCCCGGAGAUCAAUGUGAUUUGUGCUGGCAUGGGCACCUCUGGCACAAUGACCGGAUUGGGGACUUACUUCCAAGGAGCCAAGCCAUCUGUGUUACGGCUCGGUGUCUGCACUGCGCCAGGGGACCGGGUCCCGGGACCACGGUCAUUUGCCCUAAUGAAGCCCGUGGAGUUCCCCUGGAGGGACGCACUGGAUGCGCUCGAAGAAGUCAACUCACAUGACUCAUACUCCUUAUCCUUGGACUUGUGUCGAGAAGGGAUCGUCUGUGGGCCGUCAUCCGGGUUUAAUUUGACAGGCCUCUUCCAGAUGCUAGAGAAACGGAAAGCUGCCGGUACCUUGUCACAGCUAGUGGGACCAGAUGGUUCCGUUCACUGUGUGUUCCUCUGUUGCGAUCUGCCAUAUCAAUACAUUGGCGAGUACUUUCAGAAACUAGGGCCCGAGAAGUUCCCUCCGAUUCAAAAUCAGAGCCUCGCUUGCGUUGAUCUUUACCGAUAUGAUGAGAGCUGGGAGAGGAGCCCCGUCGUAUUGUUCACUCAUUAUUACGAAUCCCCCCGGUGCUUUUCGCCCAACCUCUUGAGCGGCAUGGUACUCCGACCUCUGUGCUGCAUCUUGGACUUGAGAACAGCGGUGGACUUUGCCACUUGGAACCUUCCGGGAUCAGUGAGCAUUCCCCUGCAGAGCCUGGACUCUCAUACGCCCAGGCCAUUCUCUGAGCCAGUUGUGCUGAAGGCGCAGUGGCUGGAGCUGGAAGCAUUGUUCAGCAACGAGGGCGUUCUUAGUAAACUGAACGCCCAUCACGUCCUGGUGAUCUGUUACAAUGGAGAUACCGCGCGGGUAGCCACCAGUGUGCUGCGAGCGAAGGGGAUCGAAGCGGACAGUCUCCGGGGAGGAUACCAAGCGUUGAAGGACCAUAUGCUGUGGGGAAGCGGCGGAAUGGCGUCGGAGAUUAUUGGCAAAGCAGGGAAGAAGAACGACGAGGCGCCGGCGGGUUUCGCGGCGCUCCCGGUCACGGACCCACACUAG